AUGGACCCCCUCCCGCGCCGGCUCCUCUUCAUAGCCUCAAUAGGCAAUAAAGCUCCCUACCGCGGAACCCGACACAGCGCAGGCCACCUUCUUCUCGAUGCCGUAAAACCACUCCUCCAAACCACCCUCCCAAACACAGGCAUCUUCCACGAAACAUGGUACAGCCCAACCUACAUGAACGAGUCAGGCCCGAAACUCGUGCGCCGCUUGGAGCAGUGGGCGACAGAGCGCCACGACCGUCUUGAUAGAAUCGCAAGCAUUGCUUCGGCCCGUGCUGAGCCUGCAACAUCUGAAACACCAAAUCUACCCUCCCCAACUACUUAUCCAACGACCCUCAUAAUCCUUCAUGAUGAGCUCGAGUCCCCGAUUGGGAAGGUGCGUGUUAAGCGCGGCGGCCCGGAAUCGGCGAGUCUGCGUGGUCAUCGGGGCCUCAUCAGUAUCUUUGAGACGCUGCGCGGGAAGGGUUUGCAUCCUCCGCGUUCGUCUUCAAAUGCUGUAAAUGGGGACCGGAAGCCUGGGUCUAGUAAGAGUGCUUCGGGGCCGUUGGCGGAUUUCUCGGUCCUGCGUGUUGGUGUGGGAAUUGGCCGCCCGACUUCCCGUGAGAAGAACGCUGUUUCGGAUUAUGUGCUCAAGCCUGUCAGUGAAGCUGAGCUGAAGGCUUAUCACGCGGCAGCGGGGCCGGUGGUGGAUGCUAUCAGAGAGGAGCUGUUCAUGCCUGCGGGGAAGAUCUGA